AUGCCGUCAGAAGGAAGCAUGGAGCUGCUCCGCAGCGAGCUUCUCAGAAGAGCGCGAGGAGAGCAACGUGGAAGCACCACCCAAGACCGGAACCAGAACGAAGUCCUCGCCUCACGUCGACAAACCAUCAUGCGAGAGAUGAACACGAGCCACAAAUUCCCCAGACGACUUCUGUUACCGCACCUAGCACUGGGCCGGAGGAGGGCAGGCGACGAGGAGGCUGCUCUGGAGAGCCCAAAGACGCCCGUGUUGCCCUCGAGACGGUCAAACUCGCCGCCUGUCUACCGCAUGAGCAUGGCUAGACCGGGAGGCUUGCCGGUUGUUCCUCAGCCGGCGGUCCUGGCAGCAUCGGACGCCCGUCGUGCGGCCCUGGAGACUAUGAAUUCUGAAGUGAGGGACGAGCAGCCACGGCCGGUGAAGCAGAAUAAGCCGAAGCGUUUCUUGUUCUGCUUGCCAUGGAUCAAGUCGAGGCAUGUGCGAGCGCAGCUUGCAAUGUGUUUCGUGGCUGCCGUGUUUCUCUUUUCGCUGCUGGCAGUGUAUCUGGGUCUUACACUAACAAAACAUGUUGUUAUUGGCGAGCUGAACAUCAUGUUGAUCAUGAUCAUUCUUCUGGCCGGAGUCUUCUUCUGCUACAGCCUCAUUCGGCUAUGGAUGCUGGUUGUUCGCGGAGACCCGCCAGACAUUCCUAGAGCCAUAGACCCGCGUGGAUAUGCCGUUCCUCGCAACCCCAUACGAGUGGUGAUGGCCCAAGAUGAAGAAGCUGCCGGCGCCGAAAAUGAAGCCAUGACGAUGAAGCCGCCCGCCUACGGACUCUGGCGAGAGAGCGUGCGUGUGGAUCCAAACCGCUUCUUCUGGCAGCGGAAUGAUGCUGAGCCCACGCCUCCUCCGCCAACAGCGGGACCGAGGCCGCCGUCCUACAUUUCCGAGGAUGGAGUGUCAUACGUGGUUGAUGCGGUGCCUCGGUCUAUUGCUCCGUCAUCAGAAGGCGAGCACCAGCCGGUGCAUCCUUCAGAACGAGGCAGAGCUGGGCUGCCACCUGCGAGUUGA